CUGUCAGAGAGAAGCUGUGAAGCUCUGUCCUCAGUUCUCAGCUCCCAGUCCUCUAGUCUGAGAGAGCUGGACCUGAGUAGCAACAAUCUGCAGGAUUCAGGAGUGAAGCUGAUCUCUGAUGGACUGAAGAGUCCACACUGCACACUGGAAAUGCUCAGUAUGUCAGGCUGUCUGAUCUCAGAGGAAGGCUGUUCUUCUCUGGUCUCAGCUCUGAGCUCCAACCCCUCACAUCUCAGAGAGCUGGACCUGAACUACAAUCAUCCAGGAGACUCAGGAGUGAAGCUACUGUCAGAGGGACUGAAGGAUCCUCUCUGGAGACUGGACACUCUCAGGGUGGAGCCUGCUGGAGUCAGAUGGUUGACACCAGGUCUGAGGAAGUGUAAGUCUGUUUUACAUUUCAUUCAUGAACUGUGACAUCACUCAUUCAACCCUCCAGACCUGCC